GGAUCAUCGAAUUCGAAUUAGUGAAGAAUCUUGUAUUUGGUUUGAUUUGGUUAUAUAACACAACAUCAACAAGCCCAGUGACUGCAAGCCCCUAUACCUCUCAACAUCAUCUUCCAAUAUGGUUGAUCUUAGUGCAUUCAAGGGCAUUGUCUCAGUCAGCGGUACGUUCAUAAGUCUAACUGUAAAUGUUGAUGAUAAUUGCGCACUCGUGCCAGAAGCUAAUGAGACUAAAGUGUCUGCACCACCACCCCCAAAUGGAACGGCCUACCAGUAAUUUGCAAGUCGGCAUAACGAAUUCACAGCAUCAUGACGGCGUCGUCAGAGGCGAUCAGAGGGAUGAAUCUUCUUGUGACGACGGGUCUGAAUACGACCCGAACUCCUGCGACGACAAUCACUCAGUUGUCACGGUAAAGAAACCAAGGAAAUACCACCCCGGAGAAGAUAAAAUGAAACUUAACCGACAUCAGCGAGCAUUGAUUCGUGCACUCGCAGAGCGUGCCAAGUGGGACCCGAAGGAGAUCGCCGCCGUCUUCCGUGUAUCACUUGCCAUCAUUCAAAAAACCAUAACCAAUGGGUACGUCGCCGUGAUUGACAUAGUAUCGGAAGAUGCAAAUUACUACAAGGAGAGUGAGUUUGAGAAAGUGAUCAUGGAACGACCGUCAUCUACGCGCACCCGGGAGAAAAAGAGGGGACGAAAGAAACAGGACAAAUUGUUUACUAAAAGAUCUCCACGAGAAGCGUCUCUCGUUCAUCGCAGGGAGCGUCCUGUCGCUUCCCCUCCUGCGCCAGUUCCUAUGGAAGUAGAGCCAAAUUCGGAUACGGCGUCUGGCAUAUUCAGGAUGUUCCGAGACGAAGCAACACUUGUUCACGGGGAAAAGGUCCAUUCCAUCCUCGAGGACAUUGGGAUUGAAGAUGACGAGACAAUGUUCGCUGUCCUGACUAUGGAUGAUGAACGUUUGAACGAUAUGCUACAAGAAGCCAAGCGUCUCAACCUCGUGGAGAAGUUUUCCGUCAUUCAAGCGAUGAGAAAUUUUGGGAAGAACCACAAAAUAGCGAGGUAGAACGCUCAUGAUCGAUGUUUCCUAUUUAAUCAUUCAAUGAGAUUGUUAUGAGUCUCGGAAAAUCGGCAUCCCCCCCGGAUGAAGUGAAGGGGUCGAUGGUGUCAGCGUUCGAAAGAUUUCGGGAUGAGAUUGAAAUUUCUGAGAUGAGAUGACUUAGCUGGAUGAAGAACGACAGGCAAUAAGAGCAGAAGGCCGUACC